CAGCCUCACCUACUGGGAGAUGGGAGAUGUGGGAGAAAUGCUGAGUGAGCUCAGACCAUGAAAUAUUAAAAGACCUAGAGGAAAGUUUCAGUAUGUUAGGAGACAACCUUGUAGAGUAUUUAUCAAAGAAUCUAGACAAGAAUGACUAAAGAUGAGAAGGUAUGUUGUCAUCUAUGCCAUGGGAGGUGGUGCCAUCAUUAAUGAAAUCAUGGAUCUAUUGAAGUUAGAUGAAGGCCUUGUCCUGAAAAAGAAGCAAGGUGAAGUUAGUAAGAUAUGAGAUCCUCAAUUCUCAGCCAGUCCUCUCUUCAGGGCUCUUAACAUCAAGUCAGCUUUCAUCUCUGAGAGAAACGAUGGAAGAAGUCAACCACACUUUAGGUUUCUGAAAGAAAAGACUGGGGAAUACAUGAGAGGAGCAAGCAGUUUCCAUCCUGACCCUGUUCUGAGCCAGAUACUUUGGGGAAUUCCCUCUCAGGUCCAUAGCCCAGUUGGUGGCAUGUCUGGCAGUAGUUCACGGUCAGGGUCUGUGGGGGGAUUGACCAUGAAAUCACAACUUCAGAUCAUUGUCAUCUCAGCAAAACUUAAAGAAAAUAAAAAGAACUGGUUUGGGCCAAGUCCUUAUGUGGAAGUCUCAGUAGAUGGACAGUCAAAGAAGACAGAAAAAUGCAGCAAUACCAACAGUCCCAAGUGGAAGCAACCUCUUACUGUAAUUGUCACACCUAUCAGCAAAUUAAAUUUUCGUGUAUGGAGUCAUCAGACAUUAAAAUCCGAUGUUUUACUGGGAAGUGCUGCUCUAGAUAUUCAUGAAACGUUAAAAUCAAAUAAUAUGAAACUUGAUGAAGUGAUUGUGACAUUACAUCUUGUGGGUGACAAGGAGCCAACAGAAAUCAUAGGAGACCUGUCAGUUUGUCUUGAUGGACUACAAGUAGAUCCUGAUAUUCUAACAAAUGGCUAUGCCACAUCUUCAGAAGGUAGUUCACAGAGUGAUGAUUCCAGAACCAGGAAUGAUACAAGAUCAAAUACAAAUGGACCUGAAAAUGCUGAGGAACCAGGAUGCAGUGAUAAUAGGAAGGUCAAUGGCAGCAGUUCUCCAUCACUCACAAAUGGAGGUUUUAAACCUUCUAGGCCUCCAAGACCUUCAAGGCCACCUCCUCCUACUCCCCGUCGACCAGCAUCUGUCAAUGGUUCUCCUGCACCAUCUGAAACUCCUGUAUCUAGUACAGAUUCAUCACCUUCAACAAGUAUGAGUGUAAUUCCCGAAGGAGCAACAGCUGGAACAUCAGUUCCUACCACUGUGGCUUUAACAACACCUCCAACUUCUAGACAAGUGCAGUCAGUAAAUUCUGCUUCUCAACAACUCAAUACAGUUAAUCAAGGUCCUCUUCCGCCUGGUUGGGAACAGAGAGUGGACCAACAUGGACGAGUCUACUAUGUAGAUCAUGUUGAAAAAAGAACAUCGUGGGAUAGACCAGAACCUCUUCCACCUGGCUGGGAACGUCGAGUUGACAACAUGGGACGUGUUUAUUAUGUUGACCACUUUACAAGAACUACAACUUGGCAACGGCCAACUUUGGAAUCAGUUAGAAACUAUGAGCAGUGGCAACUACAGCGAAGUCAACUCCAAGGAGCAAUGCAACAAUUUAACCAGAGAUUCAUUUAUGGGAAUCAAGACUUGUUUACUUCAUCUCAGAAUAAAGAAUUUGAUCCUCUUGGACCUCUGCCACCAGGAUGGGAAAAGAGAACAGAUAGUAAUGGCAGAGUGUAUUUCGUCAAUCACAACACACGUAUUACACAGUGGGAAGAUCCUAGAAGUCAGGGCCAAUUAAAUGAGAAGCCUUUACCAGAAGGCUGGGAAAUGAGAUUUACAGUGGAUGGGAUUCCAUAUUUUGUGGAUCACAAUAGGAGAACAACAACAUAUAUAGAUCCUAGAACUGGAAAAUCUGCUCUAGACAAUGGACCCCAAAUAGCCUAUGUUAGAGAUUUUAAAGCAAAGGUCCAUUAUUUCCGUUUCUGGUGUCAGCAACUGGCUAUGCCACAGCACAUCAAGAUUACAGUGACAAGAAAAACUUUGUUUGAAGAUUCCUUUCAGCAGAUAAUGAGUUUCAAUCCCCAGGAUCUUCGAAGACGUUUGUGGGUGAUUUUUCCAGGAGAAGAAGGUUUAGAUUAUGGAGGUGUGGCAAGAGAAUGGUUCUUUCUUUUGUCACAUGAAGUGCUGAACCCAAUGUAUUGCCUGUUUGAAUAUGCAGGGAAGGAUAACUACUGCUUGCAGAUAAAUCCAGCUUCUUAUAUUAAUCCAGAUCAUCUGAAAUACUUCCGUUUUAUUGGCAGGUUUAUUGCCAUGGCAUUAUUCCAUGGAAAAUUCAUAGACACAGGCUUUUCUUUGCCAUUCUAUAAACGUAUCUUGAACAAACCAGUUGGACUCAAAGACUUAGAAUCUAUUGAUCCAGAAUUUUACAAUUCUCUCAUCUGGGUUAAAGAAAACAACAUUGAAGAAUGUGGUUUAGAGAUGUACUUCUCAGUUGAUAAGGAAAUUCUUGGUGAAAUUAAGAGUCAUGAACUGAAACCCAAUGGCAGUAAUAUACUAGUAACAGAAGAAAAUAAAGAAGAAUAUAUUAGAAUGGUAGCAGAAUGGAGAUUAUCUCGAGGUGUUGAAGAGCAGACACAAGCUUUCUUUGAAGGCUUCAAUGAAAUUCUCCCACAGCAGUACCUGCAAUACUUUGAUGCUAAAGAACUAGAGGUACUUUUGUGUGGAAUGCAAGAGAUUGACUUAAAUGACUGGCAAAGACAUGCCAUCUACCGACAUUAUACUAGGACAAGCAAACAAAUCAUGUGGUUUUGGCAGUUUGUGAAAGAAAUUGACAAUGAGAAGAGAAUGAGACUGUUGCAGUUUGUUACGGGAACAUGCAGAUUGCCAGUUGGGGGAUUUGCUGACCUCAUGGGGAGCAAUGGACCUCAAAAGUUUUGCAUUGAAAAAGUUGGCAAAGAAAAUUGGUUACCUAGAAGUCACACCUGUUUUAACCGCUUGGAUCUGCCACCCUACAAGAGCUAUGAACAACUGAAGGAAAAACUGUUAUUUGCCAUUGAGGAAACAGAAGGAUUUGGACAAGAGUGAUCUCUGAGAAUUUGCACCCCUGAAGGACAUGAAUUCUUUUGUAAUGUUUGUCCUUCACCUCUUUUGCUUGUUGCACAUCUUGUAAAUUGGACUCUGACUGUUUAAAGAGUUAUUUGUGUGUAAGUAAAUUAAUGUUAUCCUUGAGGUUGAUGUCCCAAUAAUUCUGGAUUUCUGCUGAGCCCUUCCAGAAUAAGAUCUUCAAGUGAUAUGACUACAGAUGAAACCUGACUUAACUUGAGAUUUAACACAGCAAUGACACCUGCCUUGUUUUACUCAGCAAGAACAUUUCUUUAACCCCCCUUUUUUUGGUCAAGUCUUUUCCUUUGGAGAUAGGGGUUUUUUUAGGGGUGCUGCAGACAUUCUGGGAAGUCCCUUUAGAGCUGCAAUGUACAGGAUGUUCAUUGCAAGCCUCUUGUUAAGAGAGGGAUUAUCAGUUCAAGCUUAAGCCAGCUCCAAGGUACCAGGAGCAAGCAUCAGCUCUCACGUGCCUAUUCUCACUGCGGCCUGGCCUGACUGUUUCUCAUUUUGCAUCAUUUUGAUGUUACCUCUGGAAGUGAUUGAGAAUUCUCUCAUCUGUUCACAAAUACCUUCUGCCAUUCAGUGCCACUUCAAAAACAAGUUUAGAUAGAACUAAAUGCCGGCCUGCACAGGACUCUCUACGUUUGUCUUCCUAUUGGGAUAUAUUGUAGGGCAAAUGCUCAACUGCCCAGAUACUGCUAUCACUCUAGGAAAGUUGUCUGGGGAAUAGGAUGGAUUGUUCACGUUGGCCACGUUCGUGAAACAGCUCUGGUAAGCUUGACCGCCAGCGGUUUAAUAAGGGACAGAGCAAAAAAGGGGCAUCCAGAGAGGUGGGUAGGUAGCCAAACAAAACCCCUCUCAAACGCCAUAGUGAUAUACGGUUUACAGAAGUUCACCUGGAAUUUAAAUGGUCUAGCAUCUGGAGGUAUCAUGUUAAGGUUUGCAUAGGAGCAACCAAUGUCCAAUUAGUCCAAUAUUUCUGUAGAGUCAUGUUGGUGGUGGAAGUUAGGCUUGACCUUUGCAAUUGUGUCAUAUCAGAUAAUUUCCUUUUUAUGUUUGUUUGUUUUUAAACAUUUAAGAGGUGUUGUACAAGCCAAGUUAUAUGUUGUUUACCUUCUAAUCCAAACUAUAGAAAUGUAAAACUUCUUCAGAAAUUUUAUUUUCACUUUAGGGGAAAUAUGAGUUUUCUGGUUUAAAAAAAAAAAGCCUAAAGAAGCCUAUCUCUGAGUUACUCAGUUACCUGUGAAAUGUUCUCCAUCUGUAUUCAGAUUGAUUGUUUCCCCCACCAUAUUAAGGUAGUCAUUUCAGUUCUUCAUUGUGCCCGAGUUCAGUUGAAUUAUUACUCUCAUAUUUUAAAAUUAAGUAGUUUUAAUUUCUCUUUUCCGUUAAUAUUUAAGAUUAGACUUAAUUUUUGUUAAUGAUUGCACUUUAGGUCUUAUAUAUAAUAGUUGUCUUUCUUUGUCUUGCCCCCAAGUAGUCUGUCUGGAGAUGGAUUGCAGUCAUGGCUUUUAACCUCUAGAGCCUGGGAUGGAGCCUAAACUGCCAGUGGUGCUUGUCAGAAAGAGACUCCAAACCCACCUGGAAGAAAAACAUUUUUGUUUCCUCUGUAGUUGAAUCUUGGAGCAAGAAAAAAUUAUAAAGAUAUUAACAUGUGUUUGGGCUCUAAGAUUCUAGAAUCUUAAAACAGAUUUGGGAUGAGUGAAUGGGCUGCCUUGUAGUAAUGAUUGCCUGUCAGUAUAAAGGGGGAUAGAGACUCUCAACCCUGUUUAUUUUUAUUUGAUUAUUUUGUUUGCAUGUACCACAAGAAAUGCAGUGUGAUCUAAUGCCACAGCUGAUUUGAUCAAUCAGAGAGACCUGCCAUUUUUCCUGUUGGGAGGAUAUGAGACAGUCUUACUGAGUAAAUAAUACCACCUACCCAAAUACUGGUAUAAAACCACAUUUCUGCAAUAUGCGAUGGGCUCUGAAGGAGACAAAGCCUUAUAAAGAUUUCCUGGUGAGGUAAAUUAUCAUAAUGAAAUUUAGUUAAGAGACUUACAAGAGAGAUUUAUGAAAUUAAGUGAGAUAAUGUAAGAAAGUAGACUUUUUUGUUCUACAUAAUGCAUCAUGAUUCAUCUACAGACUUAGAAAUAUUGUGUUAAAAUGUAUAAAUAUCACCCAAGAGGCUUUCUGCCCUAUAUUUUUAAGAUACAGAAUAGUUAUAUUUGAAAUAGCUAUGGCCCUAGUUCUAUAGGGUUUGGCUGUUAAAUAUUUUUAUGGAUGAAAUGUUUAGUUCCAGAAAAGGUAAAUGCUUGUAUAUAUUUUUGCAGCUUGGGGGUCCCUUAUUCCAUUUCUUCCUGUAAUUUAAGUGGCCACAUGUAUGUCUUUCCUGCUGUACUAGGGAACUGGGGGCUGGAUAUCCCAAGAACCAGAGGUUAUGUGAAAAUACUACAGAUAUACAGGAAAUACAAAUACCUACCAAAUGAAACCUUACAUUUGGGUCCAAACUAAACAUUUGAAAAUAGAUUUGUUGUAAGUGUUUAAUUAGAUUUCUUAAAUCUUAACUAAAAAAAUGCUUUUAGAAAGUCCAUUUUCUUUGUAAGCAUUGUAAAUGCUAACAAAUCCUGUUAAUUUUUUACCGCAUGUUAUAUUGAAAUAAAAAGGAAGUAAAAUAA